GUGUUGAUAUAUUUCAAAUUGUCUGGGAGCCCGUGGAAAAAAAUGUGUCAUAUUUCAUACUAAGCUUUUGUUAUAAAUUGAUGAUAUCCACAUUCCUGAUGAGAAAAAUGAACGUCUGAAAGCAUAUAGCCGCUGGAAUACAAAAUGAAUGUCAUUUGAAGGACCACCGGAGAUCCCAGUACCAGUCAUCGACCAGUUUCAGCACCAUGAAGGUAGUAGUAUUUCUCUGCUUGGUAGGAGUGAGCCUCGUUGUGGCGGAGAAUACCGAUGGGACAAGCCACCGUAUCACAGUACCAAAAUAUAAAAUCCCAUCACCAACUAACUGCGAUAUUCCUGAAUCUAUCCGUGAACAUCAACCAUUAAUCACGAAAAAGGAAAUCGAAAAAUCUGGAGAUGGUGUUAUUAAUCAAAUGGGAUCGCCGCUAACAAUAUACGACAUUCUGAACAAUGUAAUAUUGAAACCAUAUAUUGAAAAGUAUACAGUACAAAAUAAAGUAUAUGACGGAUAGAAAAAAUCGUAUAAAUGUAAAUUUGAUUUAUUUAUUAUGAAAUUAUAUAUACUUUGGUUACACAUAAAAUUUGAAUAUUUAAAUCAGUAAAUAUCAAUUCUGUAUUCAGAAAGAUAUAUUGAAAUGUAUUCAUUUUAUCUAUUUGUAUUCCAUUCUGAUUCCUUAUUCACAUUUAUUUAGUCAUAUUAUGAUUUUUUACUGUUGAUUGGUCCUUAAGCUAUUAAAUUGUAAUUGAAAAUUCAUUAAAGUUUCUUUUAACU